UCCGCCCCCCUCCUUUCCUUCGAGCUUGAACUCGUGGCGGUGAGAGGGUCCAUCUCCCGCGCUUUUCUUCAACUGGUCCUCGAUCCACGGUCUCUGCGGCCGCCGUCGCCGCAGCAGCGGUGGUGGAUCCGAUGCGCUCGACUCCAAAGGUCUCUCUCCGUUAGUUCUGGUUUGUUCCUUUGAGAUUCUGAUAUGGAUGACGUGGCGCAAUAUGGAGGGCCCUCUACAUGAUCCGGAGUUCAGGACCCUCCAUCGAACUUUUAUCAUCGUUUGUCGACUUUAUGUGAGGCGACAUGGGCUUGGAAUCCGCUCAUCACCAUCACCUUGAACCUCCGCCACCGCCACCAUCACCAACACCUCCGCUCGAGCUCUCCAACGGCUAGCUAAUCCCUGUGAGAGCUCUGAGUGCAUCCAAAGAGGGUUGAUUCGAGAGAGAAAGAGAUGGCCGACAAGCCGAGCCGGGCGCUGGUGAUAUAUGGGGACGGCCGCGCUUCUCUGCUCUCGCCCUCGCACGUCCAUCUCCACUCCUUCGCCUCUCGGGCCUCCUGUGGCUUUCUUUCCCUCCGAACUCCCCCUCCCGGUGAAUGUGAAAAUGACAGAAUGGUUAGAGAAUUAGCACAAUUAUUGGAUGCGUAUGAUUUCUAUACAGCAAGGAAUGGACAGCAUUAUGAAACAGAUGCUGAUGCGAAUCUAAAGGAAUCUUCCAUAUCAACAAUAUCACAGAGGUUUAUGGGUUUGAGAGCUGCUAUAAUUACUGUUUGCCCGAAUGUUAAAUCUUUCGCUAGAGAGCUUGGUUUCAGUGUUCUAGAAAUUGAUGAGUUGAUCACACAAUGUGAUCCCUCUAAUAACCACUUUCAAGAAAUUCCUGAAGAAUUUGCUAUAGCAUCUGAAUUGCUGAAGCUUCUAGGCUUUUUGGGAGGGAGAGUUCUAGAAAAAAGCGAGUUUGAUCUACUGAUUUUGCACAUCAAAACUAGUGAAAGAUCAAAAGAUCCAAAAGAAAAGAUGGUCAGUGACACUGGUGUUGAUUGGCUUAACAAGCUCGUAGGUGGAAUUAUGCAAGCAACAGAGCCAGGAUUAGAUAUCAGUUCUCGCCUACAUUUCUCAAUCAUAUUGAGCUAUGGCACUGUUUCUGCUAGGGAGGAUCAUUAUCCAUUUAUUUGGACCCCUGGAACAGAAACAAAUUCUGAUCUAUCUUUUCUCCACCCUCGUCAAAGUUACACCAUGAAAGGAGGAAAUACGUUAAAUGACAUCAGGCAUCACCAUCCAAUGCUAAUUGCUCAGUGGCAAGAGAGAGUAACCCGCUGGGAUAUGGUUAGGGAAUUCUCCUUCAAAGAAUUCAGAGAGCAUGGUGGAAAUCUUGCUAUACUUGCAGACAGAUUCCUGCAUGAAGUGGCAUUUAAACUCUGGAAGGCACCUAAAUAUGGAGCCUGAUACUAUCAUUUGUGAAGGUGUAAUUGGUUGAAUAACUAACCUGAUCUCAGGCUUGUGAAGCUAAAAGUAUGCUUAAAUGUCUCCGUAGCUGCUGGGUCAUUUUGGCCAUUUUGUGUUGCAAAGCUUGUCAGGAAUCACUUAUGAGACUGACGAUGCUUAAUCCUUCCAAAGAAUGAGACUCUUAACUCCUCUCUAACUUUAUAGAGUCUUCUCUCUUGUAUCGUCUUUCAAUUUAUUAUGCUAGCACUUACAAAUCAGUGAUUGCUGGGCUAUGAUUUUGCAAUGCCAAGAAAACAAUGAUCAUCUGAUGGAUGCUGUACUUUUACUGA